CAAUACUUUGAACUUAUCUUUGCGGUUUGUAUUUUGCUUUAGAAUAAUCUGAUUGCAUUCUAAUCCUUUGUUAGUAUUUUGUUUUUCGUUUUUCCAUGUUUUACCCUAGAUGUAUACUCUUAAUUGUGAUGUGGACUUAUUGCAGAUCAUAUCAUAUUUUAACUGUAAACCUAUUUAGAUUUUAUUCAUAUACCAUCAAUCAACAAUAGUUUUUGAUUGAUGUAUUGUUUUCUAGUAACAAUAAUGUUCAUCCUUCCAAAUGAAUACAUCUUUUGACUUGUAGGCAAAUUGGGCGUAUACUAUUAUGAUCUCUGAAUAAGAAGUAAAGGGGAAACUUAACUCUCUCGCUUUUACCAACUUCCGACCUGCGCAUUUCAUUCAUGGGGGAUGAUGGAAGUACAGAUAGACUAGCAACCCUUUGCAGCACAUUUGACUGUUCGGCUGUUGAAAUUAAUGGAAUCCCCGCAGAUCAGUGUGGACGUUCUUUUGUGAUAAAAAUCCCAGUUGGUUUAAAUUUUUAUUUCUGGUGCUCGGAAAAGUCUAAGCUUCUUGGGGAUGAAAUGCUAAGAAAGAUGAAAGAUUUACUAGAAAAAAAACCUUCCCUUGCUGAGCUAACUGGAAUCUCCGAGUCACGGCUGAAGCGUUUUGCCAUUCAUCUCUGGGCCCAUCUUGUUGGCUCAACGAUCCCCACAUUUGACUCUUCAAUUGAUGAUUCCGCUGCAUCUGACCGGUCAGAAUCUGACCAGAGGACUAUACAGCAUCACAGCAGCCUGAGUGCAAGGUCAGGUUCUUUCAAGGACACCUUUCUCAGGAAUUCAUUGAGGAAUGGUUCGAAGGAGAGGCUCAAGAGGCUUGGGGAUAGCAGUAUUGUCCAGCCACCAAAUACACAAGAACCAUCUGAGGAGGGGGAGGAUAAGCCUUCCUCCAACAAUGCUAUGUUUCAGCUGUUAUGCUCCGACUCGCCAUGUUAUACUCCAGGACAUAUGGUUCAGUCCAAUCAGUCAUUAGGAGGUUCUCCUUAUUAUUGUUGGUGCCCUCCCGUGUCGUCUUUGCAAUACUCACUCGGCAUUCCGCAUCUUCCGAUUCUAUCCACCGAACCUCUUUCUUUCCCUGCUGUUUUUCCCCCCUUAUCAACUGCCAAAGCCAAGCUUCCUCUAAAUUUUUCAAGCGUUUCUUCUCUGGAUUUGCCCCCUCUUCUGCCUGACCCGUUACUCAGGUUGCCGAUCUCCCAGCAAAUCCCCACAUUCACCCCUCUGAUGUGCGAUCCUAUUGUACACAUCCCAUUCAUUGACGUUUGCUCUUCAGGGGGGCAAGGGUAUCUGGUGAGUGCGGGCCCUGGCAUGUCGACCGCCAUUCCGCAGGCGGAAUCAGUGGGGGACAAGAGUGCAAGAGAGACGCUCCGUCUGCUCAUGAGUAGCUCAAAUCCAUCGAAUUCCCCCUUGAUGAGUGUUUUGCCUUCUUUUCUGCCUGGUAAUGAUGAGAAGAUGCUGAGUAUGUUGGGUUCGGGAACUAGGGGUCUCUAUAGUAGUGGAGGAACAUUGGACAUCGGAGUGAGGGAAUUCGGGGGCGGAAAGUUUGUGUUUGAGAAGACGACCGAAAUGGCAUCGACCUCUUGCGGAUAUUGUUUGGAUGAUGACGAUGGAAAUGACGAUGACGAAACUUCACGUGAUGAUAUGCUGUAGAUUUGGUGUGUUUUUUGUUGUUGGAAAAUGGAACUGUACAGCCACUCCCAAAUUUUCAAUGUUAUGUGUAGUUAUUGUUGCUGGGUUUUAUCCCAGGUAACAAUUGCCCUAUUAAUUUCUCUCAUAAAUGUCUCACCCCUAUGUUAUGGAACAGUUAUUAGUGGUUAAUGGUCGAGUUAAAUUAAUAGAAAAGAGAUGCAAGAGCUAGAAUUUCUGGAUUUCUGCCAAAACAUUAUUAGACAAAGGGAGUAAUAAUUAGAUCAGACCAUA